AUGCCAACUGAAAUCUCGCAGUCACGGCUAGCAGGUCGCCACAAGCCAUCAAACGCGUGCACGAUAAUCGUUGUGAAGCUGGCUGAGUUCAUCUACCGAGAAGGGAUCGUACUGAAGCCACCACCAGUGCAACCAGUGAACCCCGCCAAGCCAGCCAACAAUUUCACGUCGCGACUGCGAAUCACAAAAUGGCCAACGAAAAUAUUCUGCGAAUCAGACAAGAACGAAACCAGACUGGUGAGGAACAAGCUUCAAGUAGUGCAAAGUGGACUACAGCUGCACGAAUUGUUCGCCAUUUUCAGCAACAAUUCAUUCAGUCAGUUGAUUGCACCGCAGUUAUUAAAUGCAUUUGUCAACGCAAUCAUCGAGGGGAACGAAAUCCACGAGCAACAAAUGGCCAGGCGCCAUCCGUUCAUUGCUUCUUCCGAUCGCCAUGCUGAAACAUUCACCAUUCCGCAGGUAUCAAGAAACAGGGAACGAUGA